AGACAGCUCUCCUGCCGUAGAUACACGGCCAGCGGAAACAAAGGCCCCCAGUAUUUCCUUACCCACCCAACUACGACUGUCAACAGUGAAAGUCGAACACGAGAGUUGUCACGCGCUCGACGAUGUGCUUCACCAACUCCAGGAGUACGUCAGGCGUUAUCCUUACUGGCUGUAAUUCUCACAACUGCCAGCGCAGGAAUCACGUCACACGGAGGAACAAGCACACAGCACCGCCACCAAGAUGAUUACGGUAAUUACCAGUUCAGUUACGACAUCGUGGACCCUUAUGGAGCUUCCAAUGGUCGCUGGGAGGUGGGCGAUGCGUUUGGCAACAAGCGCGGUGGAUACACCAUUACAGACAUCGACGGACGGAAGCGUCGCGUAGAGUAUGUUGCAGACAAGUACGGAUUCCGUGUCGUCGUCAACACCAACGAGCCCGGCACUGCCGCAAGUGUUCCAGGAGCUGCAGUUUAUAACUCACCCUACAUAAACGUCGUCAGUGGCAUUGGCGUGGUCAAUAAGCCAGUCUAUGCCGCUGCCACCGUUCCCGCUGUGCACGUAGCACCGGCUCCAGUGCAUGCCGCUCCUGUUCGAAAGGUCCCUGCCAGCAUCUUCCUGAACGCGCCCGUUGCUAAAGCAUCGGCGCACGUGCCCGUGUACGCAAGUCUGCAUCAACCUCGUCGUCCUCGAAAUUACUAUAGCUACUACUAGGUGUGUAGUGAACUGUAACACAUGUAUGGGUGCUGUGAACUCUAUAUUGUUUGUGUAACAUACUCCUAACCAACCAUCAUCCCGAAUGACAUCGUUUUCUCCCCUCAUUUGUUGAAAACGGAAGGCCUGCGCCUUUUUGUGACACUUAUACAGGUACAUUAAUCGUCACAAAAGAGCGUACGCCCACCGCUUUCCCCAGAUCAGAAGCGAUAACUAUAUUUCGACGCACUGGUUGGCGCAGAGCGUGGUAUGCAUGCGGUGAAAUUCUGCUUUUAGAGUGUAUACAUAUAGAACAGGUUCAACUGGAACCCUGUGUAUAGUUGGAAUGUUUUUGCGACAACAGGCGUGGACACACGUGAAGAGCCGAUGUGUCUUGCAUACCUGGUGUGCAUGAAUCACAGAGAAAUUUCCCACGGGACCGCUUGUUUUUCCGAAGUGACGCUAAUAAAGGUAAAUUGAAAUUUUUGUUUUAUGAUGGAUGCACCCUAUUUGGUGCAUGUAUGGGGCUUCAAGUAUCAGUACAAAGACCUGCCAAGGGCAAUAUUGGAGUGGAAGUAUAUUUUUGAUACAGUUUUGCACACUUUUCUGUUGCGCGCUUAGUCAUUUCGCCUUCUUUAUGCUCUAUCGCAUGAUCGUGUAGAUCAACAACUAAUUAUAUACGUUAGACAGCAAACAAGGUGGGCCCUCGGUGCCAAAUAGUGACACCUAUAGAAUGCUAUGCAUUCGUUGCUGGAAAUCUUUCAUUGCUCGUACUCCGGCAAUAGUUUCUUCAUGCGAUCGUUCAUGCUUGCACUCAUUCAUGCAGUAGCGUCAAAUUAAGCGAAGACGUAAACGUACGCGCCAUCAGGUAAUAAAUUCUACCUGAUGAAUCGGCAUGCACCGGAUAUAAGCAAGAAGCUUGCUACAGCAGCAAACAGUUCAAAGGGAAGCAUGCGCCCAUGUACCACGCCCAUUCACGUUUUACGCUGUACCACAUGUUCACCAAAUAAAUUUACUUUAUUUACUACAUCAGGUACGCUGUGUAGGCGAAUUUUCUGUUAUUGUUGUUAAAUAAAUUUUUAUUGCUGUGUCAAUAUUUAGUUAUGA